AUGUCUAAAAUGCACGUCUUGAUCUUAGUUGCUCAUCCAGAUCCAACUCACAAAGCAACUGCCUUCCGCUUCGCAGAUUCUGCCAAAGCUGCUCUUGAAGAAGCUGGUCAUGAAGUUAGAUAUGUUAACUUAAUGGAAGCUGGAUUUGAUGUCGUUGCCUCUAUGAAUGAUUUCAAGAGAGUCGAAAUGGAUCCAUUUGAGUAUCCUGCAAACCAGGCCAUUCCUGACAAUCUCAUUGAUACAAUCAAAGUUCAACAGGAGAAUCUCAAGUGGUCAACACAUGUUCUCAUCUUUGCUCCACUUUGGUUUGGCCGUCUUCCAGCAUGCUUUUACUCUUUCUCAGAGCGUGUAUUUUCAUUUGGAUUCGCCUACGAUGGUGAGAGUCCUCUUCAUCAAAAUGUCUUGAAGGGCCGCAAAGUUGCCAUCAUUGUUUCAGCAGGAGUUGCCCCAAUGUUCUUCGAUCCAAAGAAAGGUAACGGUCUUGAUGCUUACUUAUGGUCUGCUAUGUAUGGCUUCAACUAUGCAGGCUUCACAAUCCUUCGUUCUCUUGGAAUUUAUGGUGCAAAUUCUCCAAGGAGGAAAGCAAUGCAACCAGAACUUCAGAAGAAGAUCAAUGAAAAACUUCUCAAACUUGAUCAAUGGAAGACAGUUGAUGGUGAAAGAAUCUAUUCCAAUUUCAUUAAUCUUGAACAGGUCUUCCCUGAAAACAUUCUUAAAGAAUGA